AAGCUUCAACAGUACCUAACUCUGUCACCCUUGCCUUUUAAGCAAUAACUCACGUUCAAAGCUCCCAACCAUCAUACUUUCUUCCUCCAUAUUCCCUCAAUCCUGAGUGCAUCAUCAAUGAACUUCACGAACCAGUAGUUUGUGUGUCUGUGAAAGCUCCAUUAACCCAUAUCAAAUGGACAAUCAGAAAGGCUCAUUCCAGAUGCCAGUUAGAAUGAGAAGCUCUGCAUUGUUAGAAACUUCAUGUGGAUAUUUACUUCAGGAGCUGCAGAUGAUCUGGGAUGAAGUCGGAGAAGACAAAUUUGAAAGAGAGAAGGUUCUGCUGGAUUCAGAACAGGAGUGUCUAGAAGUUUACAGGAGAAAAGUUGAUAGCGCAAAUGUAUCUAGAGCUCGCCUGCAUCAGGAGUUGGCAGAAGCUGAGGCUGAAUUCACCCAUCUUCUUCUGUCUCUUGGUGAAAGAUCUCUCCCUGGACGGCCAGAAAAAAUUAGGGGAACACUGAAAGAGCAGCUAGACUCGAUCACCCCUGCUUUGCGGGAGAUGCGGCUGAAAAAAGAAGAGAGGGUGAACCAAUUCCGAGCAUUGCAAGAACAGAUUCAGAAAAUUUCUGCAGAAAUAUCAGGUCAAUCAGAGAACCAUGAUUCAUCAUCAAUUGUCAUGGUGAACGAGAAUGAUCUUUCAUUAAAGAAACUAGAGGAGUAUCAGGUUGAGCUACAAAGACUCCAUAAUGAGAAGAAUGAAAGGCUCCAAAGAGUAGAAAAGUACACAGACAAAGUCCACAACCUAUCUUCAAUAUUGGGGAUGGAUUCCUCGAUGAUCAUCACCAAAGUUCAUCCAAGCCUGAAUGAAUUAUCUGGGAUGUCAAAAAAUAUAAGCGACAGUAUUUUGGCUAAACUCAAUAGUACGGUAAAGUCUCUGGAGGAAGAAAAGCAGAAGCGGUUUGAGAAGCUGUGCCAACUUGGUAGAGCAUUGACAAACUUGUGGAAUCUUAUGGACACACCCUUCGAUGAUCGACAUUUGUUUUCACAUGUUACCGAUUUAUUAUCAGUCUCGUCUGGAGAAGUGUCAGAUCCAGGAAGCCUUACCUCAAUUAUAAUUCAGCAGGCUGAAGCUGAAGUCAAGAGGUUGGAUCAGUUAAAAGCAAGCAAGAUGAAAGAGCUAUUCCUCAAGAAACAGAAUGAGCUGGAGGAGAUAUGCAGUAAGACACACAUGGAGAUUCCUUCACAGUCAGAUAUGGAUAACAUAAUAAACCUCAUAAAUUCUGGGGAGAUUGACCAUGCCGAUCUCCUCAUGAGCUUGGAUGAACAGAUAUCACGAGCAAAAGAGGAAGCUUUUAGCAGGAAGAUGAUAAUGGAGAAGGUGGAAAAGUGGAUACUGGCACGUGAUGAGGAGCUCUGGUUGGAAGAAUAUAACAGGGAUGAGAAUCGAUACUCAGUCAGCAGAGGUGCUCACAAGAACCUGAGACGUGCAGAACGUGCCAGAAUAACAGCCAACAAAAUCCCAGCUUUGCUAGAUUUGCUAAUAGCAAAGACUAAGAGCUGGGAAGAAGAAAGAAACAAAGUUUUCUUGUAUGAUGAGGUACCUCUCCUGGCAAUGUUGGAAGAGUACAACAUGUUAAGGCAGGAAAAGGAGGAGGAGAAGCAAAGACAAAGGGAAAAGAAGAAGGUACAAAGCCAAGUAGUAGUUGAGCAGGAAAAUCUGUUUGUAUCCAGGCCAGGAACCAGCAGCCGGCGGCUUUCAAACAGGAGCUUAAAUGGAGGAUUCAGCAAUGUUAUGCCUUUAAACAGAAGACUUUCUCUGGGCAUCCAACACUUGGGAUCAAAUAACAUUAAUUCGGCAACACAAGGCAUAUCUUUCAUAAAGGAGGGAAGGAAGGCACCAGGUGAAAAGAUGUUUUUCCGACCAAGCCUUGCUGCUCAUCUUAGAGAUGAAACAGCCUCAGUGGUGUCAACAUUUUCUGGUCCAAUAUCUCCCUGAAAUUUGUGUCUGACUCAUGGAUCUUCAUGCAUGAUGAGACAGAAGACAGACAUUUUGAGAAAGUUUAUUGUCUUGAAAACUGUAAUAAAUCCCAUAGAUGGAUAAAUUCAGGUGUUUAUUGAGAUAGAAAUAGCUACAUAUUUAUGUAUUUCGUUGCAUAUACCAGGAUGUCUACGACCUCAGGACAUGAUGACAUAUGUGAUUCCAAAGGCAAACAAAAUAACAUUUAGCUCAUCAUUGUAUCAGUACCAAAUAUAUGUACAAUUUGCAGUAAGAUGUAUCAAAUCAAAUCAAAUAGGUGGGUGUGUUUUUGAA